AUGUCAUUGGCAGUCAACAGGGCAGGAUGGGAAGCCCUCGACUGUGGCAGGAAGGUGGACGACUUCAUCCGGGAGGAAAUACAGCGGCAUCGCGAAACCGCGCCUCCUGGCGGCGAGCCCAGGGACUUCAUCGACAUGUGUCUUCAAGAGAUCGUCAAGAACAAGGCGGAGGUGACGUCAGGGGCGGGAAUCACCGAGGAGCACACGGUCUUCAUGGUGCAUGACCUUUUCUUCGCGGGGAUUGAGACCAUCCAUUCCACCCUGCUCUGGGGGUUUCUGUACUUAGCCAUGCACCGGGACAUCCAGGAAAAGGUCCAGGCUGAGCUCGACAGUGUGAUGGGAAAAGACCCGUCCAACGAUGUGACCCUCGCCCACCGCGCCCAGCUGCCUUACACCGAGGCUGCCCUGAUGGAGGUGCAGCGUGUCCGCUAUGUCGUCCCGCUCAGCAUUCCGCACGCCACCACCGCUCCUGUCACCUUCCGCGGCUACCAGCUUCCGGCAGGAACUGCGGUUAUCGCCAAUCUGUGGUCAGUCCACAUGGAUCCGGAAUACUGGCCGGAUCCGGAACGAUUCGACCCGGAAAGGUUCCUGGACGCGGAGGGGAAGGUCAUCAACAAUCCGGAUUCGUUCCUACCUUUCUCCGCUGGUCGUCGCGUCUGCCUUGGCGGACUGCUGGCGAAGAUGGAGCUUUUCCUUCUCUUCGCCUCGUUACUGCGGCACUUCACCUUUCAGCUGCCAGAGGGCGCUGCAGAGCCGUCUACGCUGGGGUGCUAUGGCAUCACCAUGUCACCACGCCCCUUCCAGCUGUGCGUCCGCUCACGUUGACUUGUCUCAACCCAUCACGACUUGUCAUCAUGUAUAUUGCAAAGUUGCCGAUCGCGACUUUGGGGUCGGCAACAGAUGUGGAUGGCAUCUUUAGUUAUUUUUGAGUGUUGUUGGUGCGUGUGUUUUGAAACAUCAUGCUAAAACGUACAAAAGUUAAAGGAAAAAAAACUUCUUAUGAGUGGACUAGUAAAGUACUAGUACAUGUAGUUGAUUCGUGGUUAUGUGCAUAGAUAUUGAUCUUAUACCAAAAUGUAUGAUCUAUUGUAACAGUAAUAGAAUGUAACAUCGAUGAAAGUGUAACUUAGGCUAUCACAGAACUUUCUUUUACAGAUAUCAAGGAGCUUUUAUCACCCUUGCAGAUAUUGUGCCUUGUUACUGGAGCCUGCUAGCUCUAACAAAUAGCCUUGUUAUAUGUAUCUAACUUACAUUUAUAUACCAGCAAAAUAAUGCUAAAGCUGUCGCAUUGAAUUUUGAGAACUAUCAAAAAUUUCAUGAUUUAUAAAUCAAAGCAUAUGUAUUUAAAUACAUUUUCAUAUCAAACAUAAUAUCAAUUUUAUCAUAUCUUUUAUAUACUCACACAGACACAAACACACACAUUCACAUGGGGACAAUGAAGAUAAAAAUCAUAAUAAUUAAAAAACACUGUUUAUUUACUUAACAUUACAUGUGAGAAAUAUGUGCUAAGAUAGAAAAUUGUCAGUGUACAUUUUUGUAAAAACAUUGUAUGUCAAAAUCAAACCACAGGUGCAGGUGCGCCAUUUAAAUAUGUGAUUUAUAGAUAUCAACACUAACAUCACAACGGAGACCAACUGACGCUAAACCGGAUAGUUUUAGACUUAAAAAAUUUCUGUUCAAGGGAACAUCAUUUGCAAGAGUAUUGACCUAUCAAUGGUCAAACAUCAUAGGUCAAAUUUAAUUGUAAUACCCAACACAAAAUUGACUUCCACUAAAUUUUUGGCCAACCAAUUCCAGUCUUGAUCAAGAAUGGGGAAUUUGGGUCAGUUAAAUUUUUGUGUUGGAAAUUACAAUCCAACCAUUUUUUUUAGAAUUACAAAGAUUGAUGAGCUUUGAAAAAAAAUGUUUAAAAAAUCCUAUUUCAGCAUAACCAUAAAAAUGAACAACCUGUCAAUGCAAUACAGCAACUGUCAAAUGAUAACUGUAUUCUCACUCCCUUAUCAAGCCAAUAAGAUAAAAAAAAGUUGCCAACACUUCAUCUGUAAAAUCACAGGAAAUCUACAGUAUUACUGUAUACAAAGUUGAUACAUUCAAAGGGAGUGAAUUUUUUUAAUACAGGUUUACUAAUUUCAGCAUCUAAUAAGCAGAGCAAUAAAUAACUAUACUAUAAAUAAAUAUCAAUUUUGGACAGCAUCUCUCUUCAAGUUCAAUGAUUGCUUACAGUGUAAUUAUACGAUUUUAAAUUAGUGCCACUAAAGUAACUAAAUUAGCUCUGAUGAUAAAUUUGUAUAAAAAGUAGCAGUAGUUUUGUAACGCUAGUUCACCUUUAUCCGGGUGUAACCUAUAUCCAUUGUUUUUAAAAACAGGGUUUUUAGGGAUAUCAGGUUGACUGACAAUAGUUUAAAUUUUUUAAAAAUAUAUUUCAUAUUCCUA